AUGGGGAACCGGGAGCGGGAACCGGGAGCGGGAGCGGGCCCGCCGCUCCCCCUGGAGCAGCUCACCUCGCCUUUGGCCUUCCCGAGCAACAGCCCAGAUCCGUGUGCAAGGGAGACAGUGCUGAAUGCCAUCAAGGAGAGCAGGAAGAGGGCUGUGGAGGAGGAGGAGGAGGAUGACCAGGCUUUUGGGAACGAUCAGGAGAGCAAGAGGAGGCGCCACGACAGCAGCGGGAGCGGGCAGUCAGCCUUCGAGCCGCUGGUAGCCAACGGUGCCCCCGCCUCUCUCAUACCCAAGCCUGGCUCUCUGAAGAGGGGCCUUGUCUCGCACUGCCUGGAUGAUGGCUUGAACAAGAGGUCCCGCACCUCUUCCAUGAGCUCCCUCAACAACACGUGUGCUGGUGGGAUCCCCAGCUCCACCCGCAACGCCAUCGCCAGCUCCUACAGCUCCAGCCGGGGCCUCUCACAGUUGUGGAAGAGAAGUGGUGUGAAUGUGUCCCCACUCUCCAGCCCAGCAUCCUCCCGCUCCCAGACACCAGAGUGGCCUCUUAAGAGAGCCAGGGAAGAGGAGUUGCAUCGCUCCAACGCUUCCACUCCAGUGAAGUUGAACAAGGAGCUGCAGACAGAGAAAGCAGUGGAGACACCGGUGUGGAAGAAGCAGAAUUCCCUGAGCCCACUGUCAGCGUCGGGGAGCAGCGGGAAGCGCAAGCGGAAGAUCCAGUUGCUGUCAUCUCACCGGGGGGACCAGCUGGCGCUGCCCCCACCUCUUCAGCUGGGCUACUCCAUCACGUCGGAGGACCUGGAUGCAGAGAAGAAGGCGGCGUUGCAGUGGUUCAACAAAGUCUUGGAGGAUAAGGCUGAUGCAGUCCCCAGCACCACUGCAGAGACUACACCCAUGUCCAGGCCGCUGGUGUUCACCGUGACCUCCCCGGGGCCUGCACCCACCUCAACAGCUCCUGCCCCGGCUGGCACCAACACGCUCCUGGACAGCCUGAAAAAGAUGCAAAGCAGCCAGACUGUGCCCAUGCCAGCAGACUCCACUGGAACUGUGGCAGCAUCCCAGGCACCUCCAUCAGCUGCGCAGCUGCCCGCUCCUGCUGCCUCCGUGGAGCCUGGUUCUCUGCCUGUCACCUCUGCUGACACCAAGCCUGUUUUGAGCACGCCUGUCCCUGCUGCCCCCCCUGCCCUGGAGGUGCAGGCCCCCAGCAGCCUGGCACCUUCUGCGUUCACAGAGCUGGGCGAGACCCCCAGUAAGCCGCCCUCAUUCCCGAAGCCAAGCAUCCUUUUCGGGGCGCUGAACACCCCUCCUGUCAGCCAGCCCCCCGCGACCACGGCUACUGCUGCGCCCACCACUGCCCCGGUCUUCAAACCCAUCUUUGGUGCUUUGCCAAAGAGCGAGACCACAGCACCCUCCACUGCUGUCAUCUCCACCAUGGUCACUGUGUCUGCAAGCUCAGGCCCUGCCUCGACAUCCUCCACCACCACUAUGUUCAAGCCUAUCUUUGGCAGUGUCACCACAGCUUCAUCUCCAGCAAAGGUCUCUCCUUUCACUUUCAAACCAACAUUGCAACCGGCUUCGGCUGCAGAUCUGCCAGCAGCCUCCACAACCACCCUGUCAGGAUUCACAGGUCUCCCAAAUGUCAUCUUCACCACCGCAGCCACAACAGCCACCACCCAGAGUUCUUCCACAGAUGCUGCCAUUAAACCCGUCUUCAGCUUUGGACUCAACCCAUCUGCCUCUACCAGCUCUGCUGCCAGCCUGACGGUCACUGCUGCCACAUCCACCACCACAUCACAGCCCUUCCUCUUCGGGGGCCCAACUAGCUCAGUUCCCAGCACGGAAACCAGCUUUUCCACCCCAGGGCCUGUGUUCCAGUUUGGAAAGCCACCUCCAGGCACAGUCACCACCACCACCAGUGUCCCAGGAGGCCCUGCCUUUGGUCAAGCACCUUCAAACUCGAUGGCUCCUACCACCACUGUGGGCUUUAGCAUAUUUGGGACCACCACACUAACCUCUUCUAUCCCAGCCUCCACGAGUCAAGCCACAUUGACAUUUGGCUCCUCCAUCUCAACUUUUGGCAGCUCCUUCAGCACAAGCACAAAGCCACCACCAUACCCUGGUGCAGCAAGUCAGGCCCCCUUCAGUGCUGCUGCUGCAGAGAGCCAGCCCCCCGCCAGCAAGCCUGCUGCUGGCCCUGUCAACUUUGGCCCUCCGUUCAGCUUUGGAGCCCCCCCAGCCCAGUCAGCUGCUCAGCCAGCGUUCGGCAGUGCUGCCCCACCAGCCUUUGGCACCACCAGUGCCCAGGGCUCCUUUGGCACCAGCAGCACCCAGGUGGCAUUCGGGACCACCACGUCGGUCUUCUCUUUCGGGACAGCCACCUCCACCACCGCCAGCUUCGGUUCCACCACCCAGACCACGAGCAGCAGCUCUGGCACCACCAUCUUCGGAGCCACCCCUUCUCCUUUCACCUUCGGGGCAACUGCCCAGCCCGGCCCCUCUGCCAGCGCCUUUGGGGUCGGCGCACCCACCUUGGGCAGCUCUUCCAGUGUGGCCUUCAACUUCGGGGCUGGGCAGAGCGGGGUGGCCCCGGCAGCAGCGCCGUUCCAGCUCCUUCAGCACAAGCACAAAGCCACCACCAUACCCUGCUUUGGAGCCCCCCCAGCCCAGUCAGCUGCUCAGCCAGCGUUCGGCAGUGCUGCCCCACCAGCCUUUGGCACCACCAGUGCCCAGGGCUCCUUUGGCACCAGCAGCACCCAGGUGGCAUUCGGGACCACCACGUCGGUCUUCUCUUUCGGGACAGCCACCUCCACCACCGCCAGCUUCGGUUCCACCACCCAGACCACGAGCAGCAGCUCUGGCACCACCAUCUUCGGAGCCACCCCUUCUCCUUUCACCUUCGGGGCAACUGCCCAGCCCGGCCCCUCUGCCAGCGCCUUUGGGGUUGGCGCACCCACCUUGGGCAGCUCUUCCAGUGUGGCCUUCAACUUCGGGGCUGGGCAGAGCGGGGUGGCCCCGGCAGCAGCGCCGUUCGGCUCCUCCCCGAGCGUGCAGAGCCAGAGCGCGCCUUUCGCCUUCACUGUGCCCAGCAACCCCAGCAACAGGCCUGCCUUCGGAGGAGCUCCUGCACCCACCUUUGGGCAAAGCACACCUGUCCCAGGAGCAGUGGGCAGCGGGGGCAGUAGCCUUUCCUUCGGGACACCCGGAACUCCCGCCUCAGGCUUCGGAGGAGUCAGCACUUCCUUUGGUUCGACCAUUCCCACGUUUUCCAUUGGGGCAGGAUCCAAGACAGGCGCUCGCCAGCGGCUGCAGGCACGGAGACAACACACCCGCAAAAAGUAA